GGAAGAGGUAAUCUAUUUUAGUGUCUUUAAAAUUCGUGUAACAUGCAAAAUCCUUCAGUAAAGUUCAACCCCAAAUUUUCAGAUUCAGCUUUGAUCCACUUAUAAUUUUUUGCUUUUUCAAUUGUCCUUUUUUUGAAAAAUAGCUUGAUUAUAAAUUUGAUGCAGGACAUUGAGUGUUGACAACUUCAGUUUUAAUUUUAAAGCUUUAUAUGUCAGUCGAAAUGUCACUGGUGGCAUUGAGUUUAACUAAAGUAGUAAUUUAAACUUGCUGUUUGUUUGAUAUUUCACAUCAUGGAUACUAAUAUUCUGUUUCAAUACACCCAUUUACUCGUGUAUUAUUGUUUAUUUCAACACAAAAUCCAAAUUUAAAUCGAUUUUAUUCUGUGAUGAUGUUGUUUUAUCAUUGAAAAAUUAUAUAUAUUUCCAAUCUUGUUCCUAGCUGCUAUUGAUGUUAAAACUUGAAUCAUAACAUUUACACACCAAGGUACAGAAAAUACUUAAUUAAAUGAUCGUUAGUGACUACAGCUGAUGGUGGAUCUGGUGGACUUGGCCUAUUUUUAUUUGACCUGAACUCCUCACAACUACAGUCGCAAUGGAGAAAAGAUUGUUCCAGCCGGAUGAGGGGCGACUCUCAAAACUGUUUAAAACCCUCGAUACUCACAACGACGGUUUCAUAACGUUUGAGGAACUGAAAGCUUACCUCUCCAAGUCGGGACAGCGCUUUACUAAAGACGAAAUAAAGAAUCUGAUUAAACGUGGAGAUGUGCGCUCUAAUGAUGGCGUGUUAGAUUACAAGGAAUUCAUUGAUCUGAUGGUCAGCCAUGAGAAAGAAAUGUGGGAACAUUUUGUUAAACUCGACAAAGAUGGUAGUGGCCAGAUAUCUCACUCAGAAUUGUCGUUUUUCUUUAAAAAACAAGAUUGUAACAUGCCCGACAGUAAAAUCAAAGAACUGAUAACACGUAUUGACAAGGACAAAAACCUCCUCAUAAGUUGGGACGAGUUUAGAGAGUUCAACCAGUUCAGAAGCAAAUUCAAGAUAACAGCAAAACACUACUUUGGUGAUCCCUACGCAGAUGGGUUAGUAACCAUCCCAGCGCAGAAAGGAGCCGAAAAGAAGAAGUUCAGCUUGAUGGAGAAGUUAGUUUGUGGUGGAGUUGCUGGUGUAGUGUCAAGAACAGCCACUGCUCCCCUAGACCGAGUCAAGGUCCUGCUCCAGGUUCAAGGACAACAGAAAAUAUUGGGAGCCACUGAAGAGUUGAGUAUUGGUCAGCUGUUCAAGGCCAUGACAAAGGAAGGUUACACGACAAUGUGGAGGGGAAAUGGUAUCAGUUGUGUGAAGAUAUUUCCUGAGAACGCCCUUCGCUUCCUUAUCUUCGAACUGUUGUGCAACUCAGACAAACUGAAAGUUUCAAAGUACGAUUUAGUGAACAAGUUGUUGUGUGGUGGUCUGACUGGUAUAGCCUGUCAGAGUCUUAUGUACCCUGUUGAGUUGACUAAAACAAGGGUAAUGACCUCCCAGGGCUCUGUUGGAAUACUUGGCACUGUUAGAGAGAUCUCCCGUGAGAAUGGUAAGAGGUUUGGAGUAACUAACUUUUACAAGGGUAUAGCACCUGCCCUAAUGGGAGUGCUCCCCUUCGCAGCACUGCAGCUAGGAUUGAGUAAAGCUGGUACUGAGCUGUAUGCCGAGUGGAACCAGGUUGGGAACCCCGGGUUCUGGCCGUUACUUAGCAUAUCCUCCUCUGCUACUCUCAUUGCUAUGGGAACUACUUACCCUUUACAACUUUCCAAGUGUCAGAUGCAGGCGUAUCGGGGGCCUGAGAGUGCACGGCCCACUCUCAGGACACUCUUUAGCAAGAUUUGGAGUGAAAAUGGAGCUAAGGGGUUUUAUCGUGGAUUUUCUGCGAAUGCUCUGAAAGCGAUCCCAGCUUCUUCCAUUGGUUGGGCUACUUUUACCAAAACUCAAAAACUUUACGAGCAAUAUUUGGGAUAGAUGUACGUUGUGAAUGCUUGUUUAUAUUGAUGAUGGUGAUGUAUGUUUAGUAAUUUUGGUGCGGAAAAGUUUUUUAAUAACGGACAAUCAGGUCAAAAAUUUUAAUUAUUUUUGAGGGGCUUAAUUGUUAUAUCAUAAUCAAUUACUUAAUCUUAAAAGUAAACUUAAAGUUUAUAAACAGAAUAACUGAUUAUAUUAUUACGCCAGCAUGAAAUCAUCUUAUUUUAUUUAAGACUUAAUCACGACAGCUUGUAGCCUACUGUAUUAAUCUUUCUUUUCUUAAUAAGCUGUAAGUUCAGUUUUUACAUUAUAAAGACGGACUUUGAAAUAUCAUAUCUGACCGUACUGAGAUGUUUUUUAUUUUAUUAAGUUUAUUCAUAAUAAUUGAGAAUUUCGUUGUGGAUUAUUUUUACCAGUGCUCAUAAAAUGUCAACUUUUAGACUAUAAAGUUUAUAUCAUGAACGUUAAUUAACCUAUGCACAGCUCAUAGAUUGUAUUUGAGGUGGAAAUUUUAAAAUAUUAAUAGUUUUGUAAAAUAUGCUGUAAUUUUAGAAAUAUUUGUAUUUACCAAUUAGCAUUAUUGUAACUUUUGUCUAUGAAAUUGUAUAUUAUAUCACGGC